CAAGAAACGAUCCCAACCUCCCAAUUCAUCAUCCUCGGGCGCCAAAACAACCAAGUACGGGACCAAUUGCUAUUACGCGGCAGCCCAAGAAGAAGCCGGAAACCGGUGAGCGUUAGUUAAAUUUCCAAUGCCAAGCGUGUGACGUGACGUGUCUGAGUCUUUUUGCUCGUCACAUUUCGCUUUUUAGUCUUGGGCGGGAACCUGCAUCUUGACCAUUUCUUCCUCCCCUUAUCCGCACACCAGCAAUUGAUCAUAAGCCUCGAGUCUGUUCCCUUGUGCUACUACUGCUACUACACAUUAUCGAGUACUGAUACAGCGAUACCCGAGACAAGUUGAAGAACAGAGUAUUUACAUCGACGACGUUGACUAUCACCUCACCGUACAUACUAUCUAUACCUACCGCAGCCCAACAUGAGAUGGAUAUCCAGAGUCUCGGUCGCGGCCGCAGCCACGGUGCUGCUUGCUUCUACAGUCUCAGCCCAGACAUGGAGCAAAUGCAAUCCUCUUCAGAACAGCAACUGUCCCAGCGAUGAUGCUCUCGGCAUGAGCAUCGACAUCGACUUCUCCAAAGGCGAGGUAAACUCCUUCGCAGCCUCUGGAUCGCCUAAAUACGACAGCGAGGGCGUCUCUUUCACCGUCGCCCGCGCCAAUGACGCGCCGCAGCUGGCAUCCCUCUUCUACAUCAUGUUCGGCCGUGUCGAGAUCACGAUGAAGGCUGCUCCCGGAGCUGGUAUCGUAUCGUCGCUCGUUCUCCAGUCCGACGUGCUCGACGAGAUCGACAUUGAAUGGCUCGGCUCCGAUAAUGACGAGAUCCAGUCAAACUACUUUGGAAAGGGCCAGACAACCUCGUACAACCGCGGCGAGUUUCACGACGUGACAAAUACGCAGGGCGAGUGGAUUACAUACACCAUCGACUGGACCAAGGACCGCAUCGUCUGGAUGGCUGGCGGCACUGUCGUUCGGACCCUCAACGCCGGCGACGCCGAGGAUAACCAGUACCCUCAAACUCCGAUGCAAGUCAAGUUUGGCGCCUGGGCUGGUGGUGAUCCCAACACAAACUCCGCAGGCACCGUCAAGUGGGCCCGUGGACCAACAGACUACUCCAAAGGUCCCUUCACCAUGAAGGUCAAGAGUGUCGUUGUCACGGACUACUCAACCGGUGACGAGUACAAAUACAAGGGCACAUCUGGCUCCUGGCAGUCAAUCGAAUCCGUCGGCGGUGAGAUCAACGGCAACGAAAACGGCGACGCCAUGACCGUCACUGCUACCGCCCAAGGAACUGUCGCUACAGCAGAUGGAAACGUCCCUGUCGGAGGUAUCGCCGAGGACGGAAGUCCCGCUACGGCUACACAGACCGGAUGGCCCUGGACCGGCUCCCGACCUUCUGGCGGAGCGAUCCCCGAAGGCUGGAGGCUCAACGCCAAGGGGAAAAUCAUUCCCGCCGAGAACAGCGCCGUCGUUCUUCAGCCUUUACAUAACGUUAUUGCCGUUGUACCCUUCUUGGCCGGCAUCAUGGCAUUUGCUGGUCGUUUCUUCUAGAGAAGAAACACCUUUACUUCACUUCACGGUAUAUGACCUAUAUAUUACGACUCGACAGCAUAUUUUGUCUUGGGCUUGGGCUCCUGUACAAUUUCCGGCACACAAUGACUUGUAGACAACACCGCAAGUAUGUAUGGAUGUGAUGCCUCACUGACAUGGCACGGUUGGUUGGCGUUUAAGGACCUGGGGCACUGAGUUGCGAUUGGAUGGCAUUUGGGUUUUGACACAUUGCUCUUAGCGACGGCGCAAUGCAUUUGGUUGUAAAGAAUAGACACAUGGCAAACAUGAGAUAGACAGGCGGUGUAUAAUGAGAGAACCAACCUACAUAUUCUCCGAGGAUCAAUAUAUACUCUAAAAUGGGCAACACAUUCCUCUGGCCAUACAAAUGUUUGAAAAAGAGAGCACUAGUAAAUAUAGUUAUCAGAAUCGUGCCCG